AUAACUAUUCUGAAUUUAUACUAAAUUUUGCUCAGGCAAAACCCUGCUCUUACAUGCUAGCAAUACCACUAGUACAACAUUAACAUUAUUGAAUGAAACUAACUAGUAAACUACUAUUGCCGAACUCUAUUAAUGUUCAUGGUCCAAUUUUCUGACAUCACCAUUUAUUACUUUCUAACAAACACCAUAUCUCACCCUAUUGUUAGGCCUGAUCAACACAUUGAAUAUUGUACAAAAUUUUAAGUUAUUAGGUUUAUGAGUCCGGCCACUUAUAAAUCGUUCAAUUUCAACUCUUCUGAGACCAAUAUGCGAGGUUAACUCACAAUCUCAACACCUAUAAGAAAGUGAAACUCUCAGUGCAGUGUACUAGCUAGUAACAAGAACACAAGAAAUUGAAACUGCAUAUAGAAUGGAACAUUUAACAAAAAACCAAGCAAACUCAACACCACUUACUCCACUCACUUUCUUAGAAAGAGCUUCCACUGUCUACGGUGAUUCGAUUUCCAUUAUCUACAAUAACACCUCAUUCACAUGGUCUCAAACCCACCGUAGAUGUCUUCAACUAGCUUCAUCACUUUCAUCCAUCGGUAUCAAAAAAGGCCACGUGGUUUCCGUUCUCUCUCCCAACACACCCGCAAUGUACGAACUUCACUUCGCUGUUCCAAUGUCCGGUGCCAUUCUCAACAACCUUAAUUUCCGUCUCGACCAUAAAAGCCUUUCCGUGCUCCUCACCCACAGCGAAUCAAAACUCAUCUUUGUAGACAUUCAUUCUCUUUCUCUAACACUCAACGCUCUUUCUUUAUUCCCCAAAAACACUCAAAUCCCAAAGCUAGUCCUUAUUAACGACGAUACACUCGCACCGCACGAGAUUCCUUCACCUCCGAAAAAUGUUAACAUUAUAAACACCUACGAAGGUCUUGUAACAGAAGGUGAUCCGAAUUUCAAAUGGAUCCGACCCGAGUCCGAAUGGGAUCCGAUUACGUUAAACUAUACUUCUGGAACGACGUCGUCUCCGAAAGGUGUAGUGCAUUGUCACAGAGCAACGUUUAUCGUUUCGCUCGAUUCACUCAUUGAUUGGUCCGUUCCGGUUCAACCGGUUUAUCUCUGGACGUUACCGAUGUUCCAUUCUAACGGGUGGAGUUACCCGUGGGGGAUUGCUGCCGUCGGAGGAACAAAUAUUUGUGCGCGUAGAGUCGACGCGCCGACGAUCUACCGUUUAAUUGAAUCUCACGGUGUAACACACAUGUGUGCUGCUCCGGUUGUGCUUAACAUGCUUUCAUGUUUCAACAGAACUGAACCGUUGAAAAAACCGGUUCAUGUUCUCACCGGAGGUUCGUCGCCUCCGGCGACGAUUCUCUGUCGUGCCGAGUCGUUAGGUUUUGAUAUUUGCCAUGGAUAUGGUAUGACGGAGACGUGCGGUGUAGUCGUGUCGUGUGCGUGGAAAACGGAAUGGAAUAAGUUUCCGGCGACGGAACGGGCGAGGAUGAAGGUGAGGCAAGGUGUGAGGAAGGUGGGAGUGGCGGAGGUUGAUGUUGUGGGACCCACCGGAGAAAGUGUUAAGCGUGAUGGUGUAACUGUUGGUGAGAUAGUUGUAAAAGGUGCAUGUGUAAUGCUUGGUUAUUUGAAAGAUGAGGCUGCCACGUGGCAGUGCAUGAGAAAUAAUGGUUGGUUUUACACUGGCGAUGUUGGUGUUAUGCAUGAGAAUGGGUAUUUGGAGAUUAAGGAUAGGACAAAGGAUGUGAUUAUAAGUGGUGGAGAGAAUAUGAGUAGUGUGGAGGUUGAGGCGGUUUUGUAUAUGCAUCCGGCAGUUAAGGAGGCGGCCGUGGUGGCAAGACCGGAUGAAUUUUGGGGUGAGACGCCGUGUGCGUUUGUGAGUUUGAAGGAUGAGUUGAAGGAGAAUGAAAUUCCGACUGAGAAAGAGGUUAAUGAAUUUUGUAGGGAGAGGUUGCCGCAUUUUAUGGUCCCGAAGACGGUUGUUUUUAAGGAGGAGCUGCCAAAGACUUCAACGGGGAAGGUACAGAAGCAUGUACUUAGAAGGGUUGCUAGAGCUAUGGGGUCCUUGCCCAUACCACCACCACUGUUUCCUAGUCGCAUUUGAUUAUGCAAUGUACUCUUAGAUUUGCUUUCAAUGCUUUAUUACUCAUGAUUUGGUUAAUUAAUCCAUGUCUUUGUGAGCAAUAAUUGAAGCACUUAUGUAAAAUGACUACGGUAUAAUGUACGGAUGAUUUUGCCGGCCGUAGGAGUUUCAUAUAGUUGCACACUGAUUUCAA